CUCAUUUGACGUUGACCUGCAUCCUCCAGACAAUCACUUCGUCUGUCGAGAUCUGCUAGUGAUCUGCUCAUCGCUGGUCUUUUCUCAAGAGCCGAGAACCCAGAUCCAUCAACAGGGGAGGACGAAGGGGCGAGGGGAAGGAGCAUCGCAUCAGGGAGGGGAGGAUCUCACUCUGGUGGUUGUGGCUUCUUCAUUCCAUGCCCGGCUUCUGGUCGGGCUUUGUCCUAUCGGUGAUAACAGCGUGGUGUCUGCUAUCUCACCUGACGCUGCUCGGCUGCUACGAGCACCACGACGCGCAUCUCGACGACGAUCCCUACACACACAGCAGCAGCAGCAGGAGGGGCAGGGGGGCGAGGGCGAGGGCGAAUGCAGACAGUGGAGUUGUCUGCCCUGUCCUACCGUGGCCUAUACGUAAGUGAUCUCGAGAGGCAAGGAAGGCGCACGCACGGGAACUGCACACGACAUGCGGUUUGUUUGUUUGUGGGUGUCAGAGUCGGUGUUUCACACGGAUUUCAUCACCGAGCUGCCCGAGGUGACCCGCUCGGCCCUGUCGAUGUACCACCUGUUCGAGGGGCUGCCGAAGCUGCGUGCAUUCCUGUUCUUCUCCUCUCUCCUGUCCACUGUCGCUGAGUGGAUCCUCGCUCUGUGAGCAACUCACUCAUCGAACGAAUCAACUACUUGCCCGGGGGGAUGUGCUGCAGUGGGUGGACGGAUGCAUGGUCUUGUGCGUUGGGUGUGGUGUGUGCAGGUAUCUUGUGUGGUGGGUCUUGUGGCGGGUGUUGAUCGGUCCGAUAGUUGGUCUCGUCAAGCUCAUCCUUGUGGCGGUCGUCGCAUACAAACUGCUGCAAGUCGGCAUCCAUUCCAAACUAGGGUGCGCUAGGGGGCGGGGCGGUGCGGCCACAAAACACGGAGGCAGGCGAGGCGACCACACACGAAAGAGUCGUCUGUCUGUGUUGUGGCCUGGCCGUCUAUCUAUCUCAGUGAGAGGAUGGUGCCUGCGAAUAUCUUGGAGCAAGUGGACGAGCUCUUCCAUUGGGUCGACUUCUCUAUCACACACGUGAGGCCGCAACGACACCACGACAGCGAGUGAGGAUGUCAUGUGCACCUCUCCCUCCUUCCGUCACAUGUGUGUGUGCGUCAGCUGUGGGGCGUCGUGAGGCAAAAUGUCGAGCUGAUUGCUCCGCAGAUGGGUUUCGUGUACCGAUUCGGCUGACUGAGGAGAAUAAAUAUUGACGUGCUUUGCUGGGCUGCCUGCUUAUU